CGUCUAGCUAGCAGUGGCGAGGCUCAACCGGGCGGCGACCAUACCUGACGAAGAUUAGACCUACUAACCUGCCAUAUACCUGACACCCACGCCCCUACACCUCUUGGAACUCACCUGCACGGCCCUUGAGGUUGCGUUGCAGCUACUGCGAGAAUCUCUCUCCUACAUCCUCUCCUGGUCUGAGGUGGGCAGUGCUUUGUCUUGUCUCCAAAGGGCGUCACCCGCCACCCGUGCUCCUCACCGCCUCCAACACACACACACCUUCAAAAUGGCUUGCCGUGUUACCUCGACGAUGCAGAAAGACUACCAAGGUUGCUUAAUGUAGCGCUUGUUGAAAGGCUAGUCGCUACACACAGCACUAGUCACCGUUGCCCUCCACCCACACACACACACACACACAUACAUACACAUUCACUCUCCUUUGUGCCAAAUUACCUCACCGCUGUCCGGCUUUCCACAGCACCUCACAGUUACAUCCAGUCACCCGCACCACUCACCCACUGAGUUACAAGCAGAUAUCUGAGACUUAGUUCCUUACCCCCUGUUCAUCCCUCGCCUCACUUGAACCUUCGAGUGUCAGUUUCUUUGUGUUAUUUGAAGACUUUUCCUGCUGCUUCUCUCGAGGACCCGUGCCAGGCAGCCAGCGCCUCGCCCAGCCCAAGGAGGCUCUCCCCAACCUUCACCUCACAGUUCCUCCCCCAUCUACGGCUGGUCCCCGUCAGGAGCUCCUGCUGUUCCUGCUACCCUCGUCGCCCCUGCCCCGCCCACACCUUCCUGUGACAUACACCCAACUCUUAGACUCAACUCUUAGUCAUCCCACUCACUCACUCACUCACACUUUACUUCAUUCCAGUCUCCCCAAUCUCCCAGCUCCGUCGCAGCCCAUCUCGCGCACACAACCAAACACUCCUCCACUUGACUCACUAGCUUCCUCUAUUACAAGACUCUGUGAUUCAUUCCUUUCCUCACUCACUCCGUCACUCACCCACACCUAGUGAUUCUCCUUAGUCCGUCAACCCAAUUAUCUCCCUCAUGUCCCUCACCACACUCACCUCCGUGCCCCCUCCCCCCGUUUCCAUGGAGCCCUGGUCUCAGGAGCUCCUGCCCUUUGCCAUCGCUGGCUUCAUUGUGUCCUUCAUCCUCGCCUUCGGGGUUGGGGCCAAUGACGUGGCUAACUCCUUCGGAACCUCUGUGGGCUCAGGAGUCCUCACGCUCCGCAACGCCUGCAUCCUGGCCACGAUUUUCGAGGUCUUGGGUGCAGUGCUCAUAGGCUACAAGGUGUCUGACACGGUGCGGAAAGGAAUCUUGGAUGUCACGCUCUACAACGACUCCGAGAAGGAACUCAUGCUUGGCUCCCUGGCAGCUCUCGGUGGCAGCGCCAUAUGGAACCUGGUGGCGACCUUCUUCAAGCUUCCCAUCUCCGGCACCCACACCAUCGUGGGCGCCACCGUCGGCUUCUCUCUCUGUGCUCGAGGCUUCAGUGGAGUAAACUGGAUCACCUUUGGCAAGAUCGUGGCUUCCUGGUUCGUGUCCCCCGUGCUGUCCGGCAUGAUGUCUGGUGCUCUGUACAUGCUGUUCAACAACCUCAUCUUCAAGAAGGAGAAACCCCUGGAGCCCGGCCUCCGCGUCCUGCCCUUCAUCUACGGCAUCACCCUGCUCGUCAACGUCUUCUCUAUUGUGCAUGAUGGACCCACCAUCCUGAAGUUCAACCUCAUCCCUUGGUGGGGCGCUGUCAUCGUCGCUGUGGGCGUCGGCAUCAUCACAUCCCUCAUCGUGCAAGUAUUCGUGGUGCCUCGCAUGCGCAGGACGAUCAGAGCUCACCUCGCCAAGGAAGUAACCAAGCAGGAGAGCGAGGUCAAGUUUACUUUUGAUUCUGCUGAUAACUUUGAAAUGGUUGAACUUUUGUACAAUGAAGACAACUCCCGUUCACCCACACCACCAAGCAGGGAGCUGUCUGUCAUUGAGAAAGGAAUCACCCCAACCACCUACACCUUCAACAACUCCUCCGAGACCAACGGCUACAUUCCUGCUGAGACAAAGUCCAACAACCUCCUCACUGCCAACCUGGACAAUGGCUGCUCCUCACAGUCAUUUGGUGUGACCAACAACAGCAGCCAGGUGCCCCUUGUCAACUCCAGCCAGGUGAAGGUUGUCUCCAUGGAGAAGCUCACAGACAAGACUGAGGGCGACACCGACAGCUUGGAGAUCAAGACCCUGUUCUCCUUCCUUCAGAUCCUUACAGCCACCUUCGGAUCCUUCGCUCACGGCGGAAAUGACGUUAGCAAUGCCAUUGGGCCGCUCAUCGCCCUGUGGGCCAUCUACACUGAAGGCUCAGUCGCCCAGAGCACCCCUUCCCCGAUCUACCUCCUCUUGUACGGCGGGCUGGGUAUCUCUGUCGGCCUGUGGGUGUGGGGUCGCCGCGUCAUCAAGACCAUUGGAGAGGACCUCACCAAGGUCACCCCCUCCUCAGGCUUCACCAUUGAGAUUGGCUCUGCCUGCACAGUCCUGCUUGCCUCCAAAGUUGGUCUUCCAAUCUCCACCACACACUGCAAGGUGGGCUCCGUGGUCUUUGUGGGUUGGGCCAAGUCCUCCCGCCAAGGCGUCGACUGGAAACUCUUCAGGAACAUUGUCAUUGCCUGGGUUGUGACAGUACCACUGACUGCUGGCAUUUCGGCCCUCCUUAUGCUCAUCCUCAAGAUCGCCUUCCUUUAAGAACUUCCCCGCCCCAUCCUCCAUCACCGCCACCUGUUGCUGUGAUAGUUACUCGGCUAGAGGCCCACAUUCUCCCAGGAGUCUGACCUUCCCCUUGCCCACACUACUACUGAUGCCACUUUGGGACUGACUCCACAUCUCCCAGAGCCAAUGAGUAAGUAGCAGGAGGGCGAAGAUGACAACUACUGCAGUGAGAGGAGGGUCUCUGUGCUGCCCACCAUCAUGACCAAUCUUGGCCACCCAUCGCUGCCUCAGCUUCCUCUCAACACUCUGGCUUAGUUACACCUCAUCCUGGAGACUUGAAGAUGCUGGCAUAGCAGUAUAAAGGUGCUUUGAGUAAGUAGGCUUUCAACCGUCGUCUUGUGCAGUUGCAUGAUAGUCCUUGUUCACUCUGAGGAUAAGAGUGUAGCAGGCUAUUUGAUGUUCUUCACAUUACUAAGAGUAGUUAGCUGUUGGUCCUCAAUUUAGUUCCUAGAGUUUAUAGUACAGGAACUGACAGCCAGUCCCUAUAUCUGGCUCUCUUCCUGUUCAACCAACAGUAUUAUAUCAUGUACUCACCUAUUAACAACAUGCCAGUAGUCACCAUGAGAACCAAGGACCACAGACACUUUGAAAUUAUUAGCACCGAGGAGCUGAGGUGGCCACAACUUGCUGAUGGCAGAAGGGAGAACUUCUCUCAAAGUCCAAUUCAAUCUGAAAAGUCCCAGCACAACUUCAGUACACAGCAGUGCAUGUUCAGGCCUUGUACACACAAACACACAUGUAAGCAAUACACAGUCAUUAAUCAACAGGAUGUGAAUGGACUCUGGGACAGCAGGUUCCUCUUUCUGUCUAGGCCCAAACUUUACAUGCAUUCAUUUCAUUUUCAUAAUAAGGACAUCAAGGUUCUUUCAUUGACGUAAUUCGUAUCAUCUCAUCAUUCAUUAUCAUUUUGGAAUGGGAUUAUUUUAAGACACGAAGGAAGGAGAUAGAAAGCAAGGUUGUCUGUUAGGCAACUCUUGUGAAGUGCUUGCAAAUGAGCUAAAAGUGUUCACAUUUCUAUCAGAGCUUUGAUUAAGCUUUUAUAAACUCACCAAAACUAUUCUUUUGAAAAAAAAACUUUAUAUAUGCUUUAUAAAAAUUUGAAUUACAGCAUAAAAAACCGAAGUUCAUGUACAAUUAUUAUUAUUACUCAUUACAAAGAUAUAUAUCUUGACUAUUUAAAUUUUGUUAGCCAUCAAAAGCUGUGACCAGUUUUUAGUUCUACAUCAAUAAUUACAAGAAUUUGAAGGAGAGAAUGGUCUUUAUAAGACGAAUGUAUUGGUAAGCUGGCGUUAUAUAAUGGUUUAGAAAAGUGACACGUGAGAAGUCAGUUGAAGGGGUCAGGACAGAUGUUAUGGUAGGCAGUGAGAAGAAAACUUGAGUCAGGAAUUCUAGGGUUAGUGUUAGUUAAUUGGGUGGGAGGGAGGGGCAAGUUUUGAGAAUUCUUCAAAUACUAGUCGCAUUCUGAGAAAAAGUGAUAGGCGUCACAUUUCAUUUUAAAUAUAUUUGUAUAUUUUUCAUGUUUUAAAAAAUAUAGGACAUAAUUUUUAUACAAUGAUGAAGAAAUAUAUGAAGGGAGUGAAUGGUGUGUACUCGGUGGCUAGUGGGAUGCACGGCAGGGAGCUGCAUGGCACCACCCACUAAGUUAUGGCUCAAUUUCAGCAUAACAAACCAUGUGUCAUAACUCUGCCAGACACAGUGCAGAACUUUUAAAAUUGAUACUUUUCUUUGCAUCGUCGCUAAUAAGAAGGAAAGCCAAGCCAUGGUUAUAUUUAGCCGUCUCACUAAGCAUGGAUCUCCCUGCUGUAUCCAACUAGUCAUUCAGGUCUCAAGCAGAACUGAUGAUUCUAGGUCACUGAUGUUUAAUGAUUCUAGGUCACUGAUGUUCAAUGUGUAUGUAUUAUUUAUUUUACAUAUUGCAUUCAUUUUUUAUAGUAUGGAAUAAUAUUGGCGUAUUACUUUUCUAUAAGUUUGUGUCGUUUCAUUACGUUAGUCUAUAGCCGGCAGGGGGCCACCUACAGCUUUGUGAAAUCCUUCAGCAACAGCAGCACUUGACUGAUACUGACUAAAGAAUUUUCACUCCUGAGAGUACUAUAUGGUAAACAAUUAACAUCAAAUAUUGUUAGUCAGUCACUUGACUCAUGACUAGAGUCCUGAGCAUCAUUAUAAAGGACUCUAAACACCACCAAGCUGUAACAGACCUUAGUUCCUAAGGUGUACACUGAAUGGUGUAUGUGGUCCUUUGGAAUGAUGUUCUCAAUGAAUGGCACAGAAAAUAAAAUCAUAAUGAAGAUGAACACUGUUUGAAGCAAAAACAAUGUCAUUGCUUUCUAACACUACCAUGUAAUAUGUUUUGUGAAACACUGUUCAUUAAGACACUAUCCCACAAUGAUUUUUAACUGUGACUCACAAUUUUCAUCCUAAGAUGAAUCAUAUAAUAAAAGUGAAUUUAUCAACUGGUGCUGCUGCUGUUUUGAAAUAUGAGACCGUUUUCUCAAGAGAAAGUGAUGAGGCUCAGCUUUCAUUCAGUGCUAGGUGGUUCUCUCCUUCUCAAUGUAUUUACGGAGCAGGUCAAUGUGCCACUCCUGUUUAUCCUCACAGUAUUGUUUAGGUUAUAUUUGUCUUGUGUCCUUAAAUUAUUGAUUGACUUGCCUUGCUUCUUUAAACACUGAUGUGUCAAGUCAUAAUGAGAACCCAACAGCGAUAAGAUAGUGAUCUGUGUCACCACCACCAUCGUAUCUCUGAGGAUGACAGAAGCUACAAAGUCUUUGGGAUCAAAUCAUGUGGGUCCAUAGUUCUGAGUUAACAUGAAUGAAUGAUAUAACUGUAGCUUCUGUCCCUACAAGCAGUCCUGCUACAGCCUUUCAGACAUUUGCUGCACAUUGCUGGCAAUAAUGCCCUUGUGCUCAGCCAACAUCCUGUCCAGGGAAAAAUGUUCUUCAUCCCUUGUGUUGUUAAGUAAGAUCAAGUUCAUUCAAACAAGUCGUUAGAUGUUGGCCCACUGGAAAUAACAUAACAUCUUACUAUAUAUUCUCAAUGAAUAUUUUGUUUACACCAGUUGAUAAUGAUUCUUGCUGCAAUUUAAGUUAGCACAAAUUAUGUCAUCUGUAAACCAUAUAAAGCUGUUGCACUUCACUUCUGUAAGCUGUAAACCAAAUUCUCUAUAUCAUACUGAUGCUACCUUUUUUUUUUUUUAACGAGGAUAAUGAUAAUCACUGCUAACAAUCCACAGCAUUUGUACAGAAUUGAAUAAAAUAUUUUGUUUGUA